CGUCCAUGCAGAAUUGCACAGGACAACAUGGAAGAGGAACAGCAUGAGGACUCUUCAACAAGGCCUCCAGCAAAAUGUGAUUCAGACUGCAAUGACAAACCACCUUCAAGGUUCAGAAGCCAGUUGGAGGCUUAUAAGCUCAAUCAGACGGUGUGCGACAUUUGCCUCCAUAGUGUCCACUAUGCUCGUAAAUACUGCGUGAGCUGCAGAGCCGCCUACUGCGCGAGACACCUGAAUGAGCACAACGAGUCGCCGGGCUCCGCAACACACACAAAACUCAGCUAUGUACAGGCGUCAGGCAGUUCACCUCACUGGAGAAGCUCAGUUUCCUGGACACAAGCCCUUAUGAUCCUGGUGGUUGUGGUGGCAGUGAUGGUACCCGUAUUCUACAUGUCUUCAGAUGAUGAAGAUGCCCGUGUGAGGGCACUGGUGCGUGAGCAGCAGCCGCGGGUGGAGAAGCGCAUGCAGGACUGCGAGGAGAUGUACCGCGCCGUGGAAGACCAGCGCCUUCUGCUGGCCAAGCGCGUGUGCCACAUGCAGGAGACGUUCAAGGACCAGCGGCGCAGGAUGAAGAGCAAGCUGCAGGAGGACCGCCAGCAACUCGAGAGCCUCCUCAGCAGCGAGCAGAAAGUCUUCAAGGACCUCGUCAUGCCGAUGGUCGAGAGCACCAACCGCAUCCUGUACUCGUUGCUGGAAAACCGGACGUUCACAGCGGGAGUACAGAAGUGGUGUGAUGAGUUGGCCAAGGCCGACGCCGUUCAGUCUUCAUAACGAGCCGUUUUUUUGUCGCUGCUCUGAGAUGCACUGGUUUGUGAUGUUCUGCUGAAGCGUGGAUUCUUCUUCUCUGCUUGAUGUUCACAUCUGUCUUGUUGGCUAGCUACUGUAAAUAACUAACCAUUUGACUUCCUAACUGUUCCCAGACAAGCUUGUUCAGUAAUCAGAUCCAUGGAUUAAAAAUCAAUAAUCAAAUCCGUAGAUUUUUUCUUUCUUUUAAAAACUUCUACAAAAUGUUUCCAACACAGGAAUAGUGUUACAUGUCAUUGCUCAUUUUCAUUCUGUUAAACUUUCUCCUCAGCCCCUUGUAAAACAUGUGGUUGUGGAAUCUUCUUUUCAAGUUUUUUUGCAGGCAGCAUGCACAUGACUAGGGCUGAGUUGAAGCAGGACAAAAAGUUACUAAGUGUCAAAAGUGUUUGAUUUGACAUAAUCAGUGGUGUAUUGAACACUCUGAGAAGGCUGUUUGCUCUCUUUUCAUGUUUUACACUUUUGAGAUCAUUAUUUAAUGUUAUUUCUUGUUGGGUUUUUUUUUGUUUUUUUAUUUUGAAGUCUGUGAAUGACUUUAGGUGGACACACUGUACACACACUGCAUACAGUGAGUUUUGAAUAGAACAAAAGGGGGAUUCCACUUGAUGUAGCCGCCUGUGUCUGUCUUAAGCUAACUGCGUAACAUGAUUAUUUCUGAGAUUCUGAGAAGUCAAACCGGAAUUGUGCAUACCUUGUAGUAAGAAAUUUUGGCCUUAAAGGUGUUCACAAUAUAUGAGUGUGCUAUUUUCAACCAUUUACUCUUUUGGUGUGGUCUGUGAACAUAUUAAAGAGGGAAUUGCUGCAGUAAGCAGAAAAGUGAAGGAGAGAUUUAUGAGACAACAUCUGUGGAAUGCCAUGUUCAAGGUGUUUGUGAAAUCAUGCUGUGUGUGUGUGUGUGUGUCUGCAGAGGAGGCUGUGUAGGCCCUGCUCCGGCGGGCUGGCACCCAAGACCUUGUUUACUGUCUUGGGGUCAAUCUUGACUGGAUUCCAUAGAUGUCGGUCGUUAUGGGAUACAACCUUAUAGAUAUGGUCAACUCUCGGGUAACCAAGUCGUAAAAUGGUUUGCGUACCAUUAAUGGAGAUGUCAUGUCUUGUCUGACUUGUCAGGGGGGUAUAAAAAGUGUUUCCUUGUUUGUUGCAUCAGACUGCGUCUGUUAGCAACACGACGUAGGUCUCCGGAUAUUCGUGAAUAAAGAUCUCUGAGAAUUCUGACUCUACUCCCGACUGGCUGAGACUUCUUUUCUCAACAAGCCCUAGACAAAUUUCUGAUCCUACAACCUCAUGUGUUGAAAACAUUUCAGAAAUAAUCGUGUUAUGCAGUCAGCUUAACACGGCUGCAUCAAGUCGAAUCCCCCUAUUGUUGCUGUAGGAGGAAGUUAUCAUAUGAGGCUGUUUCCUUGGUUGUUGAUUGGCUGCUGUGGGAAAUCCUCUACCAUGUAACACCUCACUCACCUGCAAUAUCUGACUAAAAAACAGGAUCAUCUGUCUGGUCAUACUCAUUUGCUGUCAUGGUAACCACUGCUGUCCACAGGACUUUAUUUGUAUGUCUAAUAAAUAAAUGAUCUCUUA